AUGGCCAGUGGCAACAAUGAAACUGCGCCGCUCUACUGCGGCAGCGGCAUGGAUAAUUUCCAUACAAGCUACAAAAACAUGCAUGGCUAUGUCUCCCUGGUGGUCUGCAUCCUGGGCACCAUAGCCAAUACGCUGAACAUUAUAGUGCUAACCCGCAGGGAGAUGCGUUCCCCAACAAAUGCCAUACUCACUGGACUGGCCGUGGCCGAUCUGGCUGUAAUGCUGGAAUAUAUACCCUACACCAUACACGACUAUAUCCUCACGGAUAGCUUGCCACGCGAGGAGAAGCUCAGCUAUAGUUGGGCCUGCUUCAUCAAGUUCCAUUCGAUCUUUGCCCAGGUUCUGCAUACGAUAUCCAUUUGGCUAACAGUAACUCUGGCCGUUUGGAGAUAUAUAGCCGUGGGUUAUCCCCAGAAAAAUCGGGUUUGGUGCGGAAUGAGAACAACUAUUAUUACCAUAACCACCGCCUAUGUGGUAUGCAUAUUGGUGGUUUCUCCCUCGCUUUAUCUGAUCACAGCCAUAACCGAGUAUGUGGAUCAAUUGGAUGCCAAUGGCAAGGUUAUUAACUCCAUACCCAUGACACAGUUUGUGAUUGAUUAUCGGAAUGAGAUAAUGAUGAGUGUUAGGGCGGCGGCUUUGAAUGCCACGCCCCCGAAUCCAUUGGCUUUGAAUGAAACUCUCUGGUUAAAUGUGAGUUCCUUGGUUACAUCAACAACAACGACUACUAUUGCGCCACCGGUAUCUACCCCCUCGCCGGUGGUAAGAAAUGUCACGGUAUAUCGGUUAUAUCACAGUGACCUGGCCCUGCACAAUGUUUCGCUGCAGAAUGCCACCUUUCUUAUAUACGGGGUUGUGAUUAAGCUGAUACCCUGCAUAGCACUAACCAUACUAUCGGUACGUCUGAUCCUAGCCUUGCUGGAGGCCAAGCGUCGCAGGAAGAAGCUCACUAGCAAACCGGCUCCGACUGCCUCGAGCAAUGGCACCAAGUCCGUGAUCAAUGGGAAGGCAGCGGACAGGCCAAGGAAAAAUAGCAAAACCCUUGAGAAAGAAAAGCAAACGGAUCGCACAACCAGGAUGCUGCUGGCGGUUUUGCUGCUCUUCCUCAUCACUGAGUUCCCGCAGGGCAUUAUGGGUCUGCUGAAUGCCCUCCUCGGCGAUGCCUUCUUAGUCCAAUGCUACCUUAGACUGAGCGACCUGAUGGACAUUUUGGCCCUCAUAAACUCCAGCAUCAACUUCAUUCUGUACUGCUCGAUGAGCAAACAGUUCCGGACCACCUUUACCCUACUCUUUCGUCCUAAAUUUCUGGACAAGUGGCUGCCAGUAGCCCAGGACGAAGUGGCAGCCGCUCGAGCAGAACGAUCAGCGGUGGCUCCGACUGUCCUGGAGAAGGGUAUACGCAAACCCCAAGUGGUGACUGCCACCACCACCACGAACAUCACGCAGGUGACGAAUCUGUAGCAUAGGAAUCGUGGCCACCGUGGCAAUCGCAGGACUCUGCUUAGUCGUCUGCUGAGUGUCCUGAAGCGACGCAGAAGAGAGUCCGGGGCAGGAGGAGGUCCUACGGCAGGACCCGUGGCCAGCGUAGAGCCGGCAGCGGAUCCUUUGGCCUUGCAAUUCCAGGCGAUUGUCGUGGUUGUGGACAAAGUGAGCGGGGCAACGGAUCAUCAGCUAUAUACGGCUGACCAAGGUCGAACUGUGACGUAGUUACUGGGUUAAAAAGGAAAUC